AUGGAAGCAGAGGUAGUCCAGAAGGCCAAUCUGGGCAAGGGGAAGAAAUCCGGCAAAGCCACGCGGGCUGCCUUGGUGGUAUUCAUAGGCUGCACGGCUGUACUCGGGACGCUCCUCUUCCUGGUGAGCCAAGGCUAUCUGAACCUUCAAGCUAAGCCAGAAUACUGCCUGACCUCAGACUGCAUUGAAGCCGCGGCCUCGAUUUUGAGCAAAAUCAACCAAUCCGUGGACCCGUGUGAAAAUUUCUUCCGGUUUGCUUGCGAAGGCUGGAUUAAUGCCAAUCCCAUCCCGGAAGAUAUGCCCAGCUACGGAGUCUACCCGUGGCUACGUCACCAUGUCGACCUCCGGUUGAAGGCACUUUUGGAGAAAUCGAUAAGCCGGAGACGGGAUAGCGAAGCGGUACAGAAGGCCAAGAUCCUGUAUUCGUCCUGUAUGAAUGAGAGGGCCAUUGAGAAGGCGGACGCCAGGCCUCUCGUGCACAUUUUGAGCCACUCGCCCUUCCGCUGGCCCGUCCUGGAGUCCCGCGUCGGCCCCGAGGGCGUCUGGUCCGAGAGGAAGUUCAGCCUCCUUCAGACCCUCGCGGCCUUCCGGGGCCAGUUCAGCAACUCCGUCUUGAUCCGCUUGUACGUGUCUCCCGACGACAGGGCGUCCAACGAGCACGUCUUGAAGCUGGACCAAGCAACUCUGUCAUUAGCUGUGAGGGAAGAUUACCUGGAUAACAGCACAGAAGCUAAAUCUUACCGAGAUGCGCUUUUCAAGUUCAUGGUGGAAACAGCGGUGCUUUUGGGUGCCAACGCUACCCGGGCCGAACACGACAUGAAGUCAGCCCUCAGGCUGGAGAUGAAAAUCGCCGAGAUCAUGAUUCCACAUGAAAAUCGAACGAGCGAGGCCAUGUACAACAAAAUGAACAUCUCUGACCUCAGUGCCAUGAUACCACAGUUCGACUGGCUUGGCUACAUCAAGAAGGUGAUAGACGUCAAACUCUACCCUCACCUGAGGGACAUCGGCCCAUCAGAAAACGUCGUGGUCCGAGUGCCGCAGUAUUUUAAGGAUCUCUUCCGGAUCCUAGGGGCGGAGAGGAAAAAGACUAUUGCCAAUUAUUUGGUGUGGAGGAUGGUUUACUCAAGAAUUUUGAACCUCAGCAGACGUUUCCAAUACAGGUGGCUCGAGUUUUCGAGGGUGAUCCAGGGAACUACAACUUUGCUACCUCAGUGGGAUAAAUGUGUGAACUUCAUUGAGAGUGCCCUCCCUUACGUCGCUGGAAAAAUGUUUGUGGAUGUGCAUUUUCAAGAAGACAAGAAACAAAUGAUGGAGGAGUUAGUGGAAGGGAUUCGCUGGGCCUUCGUGGACAUGUUGCACAAAGAGAACGAUUGGAUGGACGCAGAGACGAAAAGGAGAGCCACAGAGAAGGCAAGAGCUGUUUUGGCAAAAGUGGGCUAUCCUCAGUUUAUAAUGAAUGAUACUUACCUCAAUGAAGAUCUCAAAGCAAUGAAGUUUUCGGAAUCUGACUAUUUUGGCAAUGUGCUGCAAACCCGCAAGUAUUUAGCCCAAUCGGAUUUCUACUGGCUGAGAAAGGAAGUUCCCAAGACUGAGUGGUUUACGAACCCAACGACCGUGAACGCCUUUUACAGCGCCUCGACCAACCAGAUCAGGUUCCCAGCCGGGGAGCUGCAGAAGCCCUUCUUUUGGGGAACGGCAUAUCCUCGGUCUCUGAGUUAUGGCGCUAUCGGAGUGAUCGUGGGCCACGAAUUUACCCACGGAUUCGACAAUAAUGGCAGAAAAUACGACAAGAACGGAAAUCUGGAUCCUUGGUGGUCUUCUGACUCUGAAGAAAAGUUUAAGGAGAAAUCGAAAUGUAUGGUUAACCAGUAUAGCAACUACUAUUGGAGGAAGGCGGGCUUAAAUGUGAAAGGGAAGAGAACGCUGGGGGAAAAUAUCGCGGACAACGGUGGCUUGCGAGAAGCCUUUAGGGCCUACCGGAAAUGGAUCAGUGAUGAGCGACAAGGAGCAGAAGAGGUUCUUCUACCCGGCCUGGGAUUCACCAACAAUCAGCUCUUCUUUCUCAGUUAUGCUCACGUGCGGUGCAAUUCCUACCGACAGGAAGCGGCCAGGGAGCAGGUCCAGAUCGGCGCUCACAGCCCGCCUCAGUUCAGAGUCAACGGGGCUGUUAGCAACUUUGAGGAAUUCCAGAAAGCCUUCAACUGCCCCCUGAAUUCAACAAUGAACAGAGGAGCAGAGUCCUGCCGGCUUUGGUGAGAGAGGCUUCCCUCCAUCCUCUCUCAGGGUCUCUGAGGCAGCAGUGUACUGAGCUGAACGUCAGUCAUGCACCGGCUGAGCGAU